AUGAGUAACUCGGACGAAAGUAUUAACUCUAUGAGUAACGUACUACAGACGACUGAAGGAGAGAUGAAUAACAAAGAAAACACAGACAUGCAGGUGGAACAAACGCAAUCUGCUGAACAAGGCAAUGUUCCAGAACCUAUUGAAGCAGUCUCCGACCAACCACCACCUGCCAUAAACAUUUCACCAGACCCUACUGAAAUAGAAUGGCAACACAAGAAAGAAAGAGACUUAAUGGCUCAAUCAAAAACAAAAAUAUUUUUUGAAAACGCUGUAAUCAAGAUUGCAAUUAUGGGUACUUGGUUUGCCAUAAACAUAUUUCUAUUUAUUUGGUCAUUCUUCAACUUCAAAAACGAUCCGAAAUUCAACUACAUGUUUCUCAUGUGCAGGGAUUAUAUUUUCAUCUCCCGUGCAUCUGCCUUGGUGAUUAACUUCAACUGCGCGAUUGUUCUGUUACCAAUGAAUCGUGUAUUUAAUUCUUGGGUGCAUAAUUUCAUAUUUAAGAAUGCCAACACUACACCACGACGUGUAUUUGAUCAUAUGAAAGGCCUUCACAUACUAUCAGCUUUUGGCAUCUGUAUCGCUAGUGUGGUGCAUACAGUUUUUCAUUUGAUCAAUGUCUUCUACUUUCGUCAAAAUUUUACGGAAGUUGUAAAUGAUGUUAACAUCGCAGAUUCAAAGGAAGACACGACAUUAUGGAAAUUCUUACUAACCAUUCCAGGAUGGACUGGAGUUGUCAUGAUUCUUAUAUUAGGCAUAUUGGUUGUGGCAUCUUUAAAAGCAAUUCGUAUGAAACACAAUGAAGUCUUUCGAUAUAUUCAUCAACUAUCACUUUUAUUUCUUGUGUUGGGAACCUUUCAUGGAUUCGGCAAUGUGACAAAAUUUCAAACCAACGUCGAUGAUCAUCCAGAAUCAUGUCAUAAUAUUGAUGUCGUUGUUGAUGCGCCACAAUGUAAAGCGCGACCUGAAUUUAAACAUGUUGUUCCAUCAUCUUGGAAAUGGAUAAUUGGACCACUCAUCCUUCAUUUAAUUGAUCGCGUUAUUCGGUUUGUCCGCUCAUUAAAGACAUGUGCUUUAGUCGAGACUAAAAUUCAUAAUGGAAAUGUUAUUGAGUUGGUGUUUUAUAAAAAUGGUUUUAAAUCAAGACCAGGACAGUAUGUUGUAAUUCAAUGUCCAGAAAUCGCUGAGUGGGAAUGGCAUCCAUUUACUCUUACAAAGUGUCCUACUGGUGAAAAACAUGAAGAAGAUAAGACCUUUUCUGUCCACAUCAAAGUUGCAGGCGACUGGACUAGUAAGUACUAUCAACUAAGAUUAAAACAGAAAAUUUUAAUUCAAUGA